AUGGAGGAAAUAUUUGAAAAGUCACAGCUAGAGAACCAGCAGCCAACGUCCAAAAAGACCGAGGCCGCCUUGAAGCCGGUGGACGUGAUGUCCAUUAAGAAUGCUGCGCAGUAUGUCAACCAAAAACUCUCCGCCAAAGGCUAUUUCUCGAACAAACCAAAUAAACUGAGACAGCUGCUACUUUUGAGUUUGGAUAGCUCUCAGUUGAUUCCGGAAAAUGCAGAAAACUUCGAGAUCAGCGAAAAGGUUUACGAAAACGACAGGAACGUAAUGAACAUCAUCUACUCGCUACUGAACUCUGCAGAGAUUUCUAAACAGUUUAAAGAAACGGCACUCAAAAAGAUAUCUGAUAAGGACGCCGAGAUAGAUAUGCUUAAGAGCGAAGUGGACAGACUCCAUGCCAAGGUCGACGAGAAGGAAAGACAUAUCCAGUCGCUCCAUUUGGAUAUGAUCAAGUCCGAUCUGCAAGCCAAGCAUUACCAGACCAUGCUCAAUAACGUUAACGCCAAGUAUAAGGAACAAGAGCGCACUUUUAAGUUAUAUUCAGAAGAGGUGAAACGAGAAUUACGCAGAAACGAAAUGGAGGUGGACAGACUCGAAAGCAAAUUAUCCAACAUGAACAAGCGCAAAGCUAGCCCGAGGGACCCUGAAAUUGCUGAGCCGAAAAGACAGAAAUUCGACAACGGCCGUUUUUUGUCGUUGGUCGAAGAGAACUCGCAUUUGCAACACGACCUAAACAAGCUCGUUGGGGUACUUUUGAGGCUACAGAAAUUCCUAAAGUCAUUUGGCCAGCCGAACUCCGACAGUAAAGUGCCGUCCACCUUCAUUCCGACUGACAAUGAGCUUCUGGCCAUAGACCACCAUAAUUUUGACUUGCAGAAAUACGAUUUGAUACUUUUUGAUCUGCUCAAGCCACUGAAUGGCGACAGCAUUGACGACACGUUCAAGUUCAAGAAGAACAACCAGGCAGACAAGGACCAGGAAAUUGCGAAUUUGCGACAUCGGCUCUCAGAAAUGGAGCAGAACUACGAACGCGUGCUGGCAACGAUGGAACAAUGGAAAACCUAUCGCAAGCAGAGAUGA